AUGACUACUUACCACCCCGAGGGACACAUUCAACUGCCCAGAGCAGAUGCCAUUCGUUCUCGUCUCAUUGAUACCUUCUCUCUCAUCGAGCAUCUGCAAGGCUUGAGCCAGGCUGUGCCACGGCACACAAUCCGAGAGAUCCUUGAUCCUUCCCAUCAGAAGAAACUUAUGUUAGGAGAUCAACACCAGCUUGUGCGCUUCUCCAUAAAGCCUCGUCAUGUAGAACGGAUUACACACGGUCGAAGAAUGAUGAGCAGGCUGGCAGUGCGCUACAGUUGGAGGCCACCUCUCUCUUUGUGGGCUGGAUGGGUCCUUGAGUGUCGUCUCUUCACAAACUUCGUCAUAUUCCUCAUAUUUCUGAAUACAAUUGUACUGAUGGUUGAAAUAGAAUUGCUUGAAUCCUCAAAUAUCAAACUGUGGCCACUGAAGUUGACUGUGGAGGUGGUAGCUUGGUUCAUCUUACUUGUUUUCAUCUUGGAGAUCCUUCUUAUGUGGCUAUCCAGCUUUUCCCUCUUCUGGAAGAAUUCCUGGAAUGUCUUUGAUUUUUUUAUUACCAUGUUGUCCCUGAUUCCUGAGAUUGUGCUGCUGACAGGGGUAGCAAGCCAAUCUGUAUGGCUCCAGUUGCUGAGGAUUUGCCGGGUUCUAAGGUCUCUCAAACUCUUUACACGAUUCCGUCAAAUUCGAGUCAUUAUUUUGGCCCUGGUCAGGGCCCUUAAGGGAUCUGUUGAAUUCCUUAGUGACAGUGUUCAUUCUCUUCACCCUGGAUCAUUGGUAUGCACUGCUUCAGGACACAUGGAAGGUGCCUGA